UCGCCAUCGCUAUUUUGACGUGACGUGACGCCAUUUGCUUUCCAUCAAAUUCUGUUUUCGUGUGAUUUUCGUAGGUGUGGAAAUUUAACUCAGUGGAUAUUAUUAGAAAGUUGCUUAAAAUAACGUCUGGCAAUGUCGGACCAAAAGCGUUUACUUAAAGAUUUGAGAGUUAUAGAUUUGCGCUCAGAAUUAGAAAAGCGUAACCUGGAUAAGAGCGGGGUACGCGGCGUGCUCAUACAACGUCUUACAAAGUAUCUGGAAGACCAAGGUGAGGACCCAACAACUUUCAAAUUUGAACUCGCUAUUGAAGCCAAGACUCCAUCUAAAAAAACUCGCCGCUCGGAGAGUGUAGUAGAACAGGAGUCUGAAGAGACGCCGGCAAUGGAAGAUAUGAUUGUACAAGACGAUGCGGGAGAGGAAGAGGACACUGAACAAACAGUCCUUAAGCAAGAGGUUAAAGAUGAACAACCCGAAGAAAAUAUGGAAGUAGAUAUCAAAUCACCACGGAAACGCGAAAUAAAAGAUGAGCCGGAGGCCAGGGCGGCUAAGAAACCAUGCUUGGAAACUGUCAAAUGUGAAGAUGAUCAAAAAGCUGAAAACAACACAGAUGCAGAAGAUAGUAUCAACUUAGAUCUUGGUGAAGAUGAACUUCUUAAUGAAGAGACUGACAAUGCUACAAAAGACAACCGAAUUGAUGAUGGCGAGCUGCAGGGGUCUGGUGAAGCUGCAGGCGACGACUCGGUUCCGGCGGACGGCGACGCGGCUAACGACGCGGUGCCCGACAAUAACGAACAACAAGUAAACAGCGACGCCCCUGCCACUAGCAAUGAUGUGGAGAAAAAUGAUAAAGACCAAAAAGAUGAGAAAGACAAAGAUAAUGAAGGUGAUAAGAAGGACAAAAAAGACGAUGGCAAAGAGGGUGGCGCGCGCAACCUUUGGGUUAGCGGCCUGUCAGGAGACACUCGUGCUAAGGACCUUAAGCAGUUAUGCAGCAAACAUGGAAAAGUGAUUGGAGCCAAAGUGGUAACUAAUGCGAGAACUCCAGGAUCGAGAUGCUAUGGCUAUGUCACCAUGGCAAGCGCACAAGAUGCUGAGAAUUGCAUCAAAAAUCUUCAUCGGACUGAAUUACACGGUCGCAUGAUUUCCGUGGAAAAAGCCAAAUCGGAGUCUGAAUCCUCAUCUCGCCGUCAGCCAUCGCGUUAUGAACGGCGCUCCAGUAAAGACCGGAUUAACGAGUCAAAGGAAAAUGAGGAGGGUAAAGAUGGAGCGGACAAAACCGGAGAUAAAGUGAAGAAAGAAGGCGAAACUUCCGGAGAUGAAAACUUACGAUCUACCUCACGCACCCGGGAGAAGUCUCAUCGCUCUGACAAAGAUAGACCUAGGCGCAGCACCAGAAGUCGAGAGCGCAGACGAUCGCCCAGAGAAGUGCUGUCCUUCUCUAAAAUAUGGAAAGAGCGAGACGUGGCGCGCGCCCGCGAGCGCUCGCGCGCCGCGCGCGAGGAGGAGCGGCGGCGGCGCGCGGCCGAGGACGCGCUGCGCGAGCGCGAGCGCAGGCAGCGCCAGGAGAAGCACCGGCUGGAGCUGGAGAGGGAGAAACUGAGGGCUGAGAGAGAGAAAAUAGAGCGGGAAAAGAAUGAACUACUCCGCUUGGAACGCGAGCGCCAUAGACUGGAAAGGGAAAAGUUGGAACUGGAGAGAUUGGAGCUCAAGAGGGCACAACUGAGGUUGGAGGAGGAGCGGCGCAAGCGCGGCUACGAGGGCGCGGCGUUCCGCAAGGCGGCCAGCCCGCCCGAGCCCGCCUACGAGCGCGACGCCCGCCACAAGCGCGCGCCGCCGCCGCUGUCGUCGCGCGGCAGCCAGUUCGAGGCGCCGCCGCCGCCGCGCUUCGACAUCGCGAGCGCGGCGUACGAGCGCGGCGACAAGCGCGAGCGCGACCGGGACUACAAGCGAGACUAUCCCAGACACGUCUCUUCUAGCAACAUGAAAUACCCUAGUAAUGGCAGCACAAAUGAUGACAGCCGACAGACGAUGCCCCCCGCUACCAGGCCUAAAGAACCAGGGCGGUCGUACGAGCCCCGCGACACGCGGCCGUACCGGCCGUCGCCGCCCGGCAAGCCCGAGCCGCGCAGCUGGAACCCCAGCGCCAGGUAUCCCGACGCCGCCGCACAGUCCAAAGGCGGCAGUGGCGGUGGCAGCGGCGGCGGAGAAGGCUGGUCCGGGGAGCCGCGCUACGGGUACGAGGCGCGCUACCCGCCGCAGUACCAGCCGCCGCCGCCCGGCGCCGCCUACCCCGACCGGUACGCGCAGGCCAGGGAAUACCCGCGCAAGUACUAGUCAGUAACACUUAUUUUAUACUGAUUAUCCGUGUAAGAUAACCACAUGCAUGUGAGCCGCCGAAGUGGCUGACCAUUAAAAAAAUGUAAAUUAUUGGCUAGGAAAAUUGGUAUUACCACAUAUCUUUUUUCUAAUGUAAAGUAGUACUUUUAAGUUUAUUUGAAAUAUCUGUCAGAUUUUAUUGUAAUGACAACUAGGUACUGACUGGAAAGCAUUCCUCCUGUGAAUUGUAGUUUAUCUACCUACAUCACAUUGAAUGUUUAUUAUUUGUAUGUGAUUUUGCAUUAUGGAUUAUCAAGUGUUUGUACAAUAAUAUAUCUCGGAAUUAUUUUUAUUUGAGGUCAAUAAAAUAAGCUUAGCAUUUAUGUAGCCUUUUUGUCAUGUUUUUUGUCUUCUUAAGAUUGUGGCAUGAAUCAGAAAUGGAAAAAGGAAGGUUUGACUGUCAUUGUGUACAUUUUAAGAAAUGUUAGGUUUAUGUGUUAGAAGAAAUAAAUAAAGACAUUUAAACUGUU